AUGCAACCUGAUAAAGUUUUGGAUAGCAUACAAUACAGGAACGGUACGCAACCACAAGUUAUUACGUGGGCAUGUCGUAAAGAUGUUGAAUUAUGUUGUGGUACUGACUGCUGUCCUGCGGAUGAUGAUGCAGGCCUGAGCAAUGUUGGAAUGUGCAUUGGCAUAAUCGCUGCCAUAGCUCUGGCUGUAUGCUGCUGUGGUGUUUUGUGGUAUAUGAUCUGCAAUGGCAAAGGCGGUUUUGACGGCCAGCAGCCCGGGCAUGUUGCCCGAUAUGAUUCCCCUUAUCAACAAGACGAUUACUUCUACCAGUACGGGCCUCCAGCGCUGUAUCACCCUGACGCAUAUGCCUAUCAGGGAUACCCACCACAAGUGUAUGGACCCGAAGGCUACUCACCUUAUGGUAAUCCUCCACAUUACUAUCCAUCUGAAGGCUACCCAUCUCCAGGUUAUCCUCCUGAGGGCUAUCCACCUGAGGGUUAUUACCCACCUGGAAAUUCUCCUCCUGAACAUCUUUUGCGAAAGCAUCAACAGCCCAGAAGCCAGAAAUCUGAUCAAAUUAUGGAGCAGCAGAAAGGAGAGGCCUCAAAAGGUUUAGAAUCGAAAAAGGAGCAGAAAUCAAAGGAAAGUGUGCCAUCUUCAAAACGAAUGGAGCCAAAAUCAAAAGAAUAA